CACAUGCACACACACACACACACACACACACAACACGGCGCUGCUGCUGCUGCUGCUCGUUCACACUGUCCGACCACUUGGAAAUUUACCUCAACGCGGAGGAUAUCUUACAGCCCGAGGAGCGGGACGCUCGGCUGAUGCUGGCCUGCUUGAAAUGCCCCAGCAGAGGAGCUGAAGCUGUGAAGACCAGCGGACCCCGAGGCUGCGUUUCCCUCAGCAAUAAGGUAUAGCUCCGGCCCCCGCCCGCUCCGCCUGCCAGGAUGGUGGCGCUGUCGCUGAAGAUCUGCGUUCGCCAGUGCAACGUGGUGAAGACCAUGCAGUUCGAGCCGUCCACGGCCGUCUACGAUGCCUGCAGGAUCAUCCGAGAGAGGGUCCCCGAGGCUCAGACCGGACAGGCCUCCGACUACGGCCUGUUUCUGUCUGACGAAGACCCCAGGAAAGGCAUCUGGCUGGAGUCUGGAAGGACACUGGACUAUUAUAUGCUCCGCAAUGGGGACAUCCUCGAAUACAAGAAGAAGCAGAGGCCUCAGAAAAUCAAGAUGUUGGACGGCGCUGUUAAGACCAUCAUGGUGGACGACUCUAAAACUGUGGGGGAGCUGCUUGUGACCAUAUGCAGCAGAAUCGGCAUCACAAACUACGAGGAGUACUCUCUGAUCCAGGAGGUGGUGGAGGAGAAGAAGGAGGACGGGAUGGGCACGCUGAAGAAGGACCGGACCCUGCUGCGAGACGAGAGGAAGAUGGAGAAGCUGAAGGCCAAGCUGCACACGGACGAUGACCUGAACUGGCUGGACCACAGCAGAACCUUCCGGGAGCAGGGGGUGGACGAGAACGAGACGCUUUUGCUCAGGCGCAAAUUCUUCUACUCGGAUCAGAACGUGGACUCCAGAGACCCGGUGCAGCUCAACCUUCUUUACGUGCAGGCUCGAGACGACAUUCUUAACGGGUCGCACCCCGUGUCCUUCGACAAGGCCGGCGAGUUCGGGGGCAUCCAGGCCCAGAUCCAGUUCGGACGUCACAUAGAGCACAAGCACAAACCUGGAUUCUUGGACCUGAAAGAGUUUCUACCCAAAGAGUAUAUAAAGCAGAGAGGAGCUGAGAAGAAGAUUUUCCAGGAACAUAAAAACUGUGGAGAAAUGACAGAGAUUGAAGCCAAAGUGAAGUACGUGAAGCUGGCUCGGUCCCUGCGGACGUACGGAGUCUCUUUCUUCCUGGUCAAGGAGAAGAUGAAGAGCAAGAACAAGCUGGUGCCGCGUCUGCUGGGCAUCACCAAAGAGUCUGUGAUGAGAGUGGACGAGAAGACCAAAGACGUGGUGCAGGAGUGGCCCCUGACCACCGUGAAGAGGUGGGCGGCGUCCCCCAAGAGCUUCACCCUGGACUUUGGCGAGUACCAGGAGAGCUACUACUCUGUGCAGACCACCGAGGGCGAGCAGAUCUCGCAGCUCAUCGCCGGCUACAUCGACAUCAUCCUGAAAAAGAAACAAAGCAAGGACCGUUUUGGACUGGAAGGCGACGAGGAGUCGACCAUGCUGGAGGAGUCUGUGUCCCCAAAGAAGUCCACCAUCCUCCAGCAGCAGUUCAACCGCGUGGGCCGGGCGGAACACGGCUCGGUGGCGCUGCCCGGGGUGAUCCGCUCGGGCUCCAUCGGCGCCGAGUCGCUGAGCAUGGGCACCAUGCCGUCGGCCCAGCAGCAGAUCACGAUGGGUCAGAUGCACCGCGGACACAUGCCGCCGCUGAGCUCAGCGCAGCAGGCUCUGAUGGGAACCAUCAACACCAGCAUGCAGGCGGUGCAGAAGGCCCAGAUUGACCUGGGGGAGGUGGACAACCUGCCACCGCUGGGGCAGGACAUGGCCUCCAAGGUCUGGAUCCAGAACAAGAUGGACGAGUCCAAACACGAGAUCCACUCCCAGGUUGACGCCAUCACUGCAGGGACCGCCUCCGUGGUGAACCUCACAGCGGGCGACCCCAUGGACACAGACUACACGGCGGUGGGCUGCGCCAUCACCACCAUCUCGUCCAACCUGACCGAGAUGUCAAAGGGCGUGAAGCUGCUGGCUGCGCUCAUGGAGGACGACGUGGGAGGAGGCAACGACCUGAUGAAGGCUGCCAGGACGCUGGCAGGGGCCGUGUCGGACCUGCUGAAGGCCGUGGAGCCGGAGUCGGGAGAGCCCAGACAGACGGUGCUGACAGCAGCCGGCAGCAUCGGCCAGGCCAGCGGGGACCUCCUGCGCCAGAUCGGAGAGAACGAAACCGACGAACGCUUCCAGGACAUCCUGAUGAAUCUGGCCAAAGCCGUGGCCAACGCUGCAGCCAUGCUGGUGCUGAAAGCCAAGAACGUGGCCCAGGUGGCGGAGGACACCGUGCUCCAGAACCGGGUCAUUGCGGCGGCCACGCAGUGCGCCCUGUCCACCUCGCAGCUGGUGGCGUGUGCAAAGGUGGUGAGUCCCACCAUCAGCUCCCCGGUUUGCCAGGAGCAGUUAAUUGAAGCCGGGAAGCUGGUGGAUCGCUCGGUGGAGAGCUGCGUCCAGGCCUGUCUCUCCGCCACGGAGGAUGGGGAGCUCCUCAAGCAGGUGAGCGCCGCAGCCAGCGUGGUGAGCCAGUCCUUGGGAGACCUCCUGCAACACGUGCGCCAGUACACGUCCAGGGGCGAGCCCAUCGGACGCUACGACCAGGCCACCGACACCAUCAUGACCGUGACCGAGAGCAUCUUCAGCUCCAUGGGAGACGCGGGGGAGAUGGUCCGGCAGGCUCGGGUUCUGGCCCAGGCCACCUCAGACCUGGUCAACGCCAUGAGGUCGGACGCUGAGGCCGAGAUCGACGUGGACAAUUCAAAGAAGCUGCUGGCUGCGGCUAAGCUGCUGGCUGACGCCACGGCGAGGAUGGUGGAGGCCGCCAAGGGGGCCGCUGCCUACCCGGAGAACGAGGACCAGCAGCAGAGGCUGAGGGAGGCUGCGGAGGGGCUGCGCGUGGCCACCAACGCCGCCGCUCAGAGCGCCAUCAAGAAGAAGCUGAUCAACAGGCUGGAGAACGCAGCCAAGCAAGCGGCAGCUGCAGCCACUCAGACCAUCGCCGCCGCCCAGAACGCCGCAGCCUCCAACAAGAACACGGCGGCGCACCAGCAGCUGGUGCAGAGCUGCAAGGCCGUGGCCGACCACAUCCCGCAGCUCGUCCAGGGCGUGCGCGGCAGCCAGGCCAAGCCGGAGGAGCUCAGCGCGCAGCUCGCCCUCAUCAUCGCCAGCCAGAACUUCCUGCAGCCCGGUAGUAAGAUGGUGACCUCGGCCAAGUCGUCCGUUCCCACCGUGACGGAUCAGGCUGCAGCCAUGCAGCUGGGCCAGUGUGCCAAGAACCUGGCAACCUGCCUGGCUGAGCUCAGGACGUCGGCACAGAAGGCCCACGAAGCCUGCGGCCCCAUGGAGAUCGACUCGGCGCUCACCGCCAUCCAGACCCUGAGGAGCGAGCUGCAGGACGCCAAGCUGGCGGCCGCUAACGCCCAGCUCAAGCCACUGCCUGGAGAAUCUCUGGAGAGGUGCGCUCAGGACCUGGGCAGCACCUCUAAGUCGGUGGGCUCCUCCAUGGCCCAGCUGCUCACCUGUGCUGCACAAGGAAAUGAACACUACACAGGAAUAGCAGCCAGGGAGACGGCCCAGGCCCUCAAAACUCUGGCCCAGGCCGCUCGCGGCGUGGCCGCCUCCACCACCGACCCCAGGGCAGCGACUGGUAUGCUGGACUCGGCCCGCGACGUCAUGGAGGGCUCGGCGCUUCUCAUUCACGAGGCCAAGCAGGCGCUGGUCUCUCCCGGAGACGCCGAGAGUCAGCAGAGGCUGGCGCAGGUGGCCAAGGCUGUGUCUCACUCCCUGAACAACUGCGUCAACUGCCUCCCCGGCCAGAAGGACGUGGACAUUGCUCUCAAGAGCAUCGGGGAGGCCAGCAAGAAGCUGCUGAUUGAAACCAUCCCUCCUGCCUCCAAGUCCUUCCAGGAGGCCCAGAGUGACCUGAACCAAACGGCGGCGGACCUGAACCAGUCGGCGGGCGACGUGGUCCACGCCUCCAGGGGCUCCAGCGGCCAACUGGCCGUGGCCUCCGGGAAGUUCAGCCAAGACUUCGACGAGUUCCUGGACGCCGGCAUCGAGAUGGCCGGACACACCCAGAAAAAGGACGACCAGGUGCAGGUGAUCGGCAACCUGAAGAACAUCUCCAUGGCCUCGAGCAAGCUGCUGCUGGCGGCCAAGAGUCUGUCUGUGGACCCUGCAGCAGCAAACGCCAAGAACCUGCUCGCUGCUGCAGCCAGAGCUGUGACUGACAGCAUUAACCAGCUGAUCACGCUGUGCACACAGCAGGCUCCAGGCCAGAAGGAGUGUGACAACGCCCUCAGAGAGCUGGAGGCCGUCAGAGGAAUGCUGGACAACCCCAACGAGCCCAUCAGUGACCUCUCCUACUUCGACUGCAUUGAGAGCGUGAUGGAGAACUCCAAGGUCCUGGGGGAGUCCAUGGCAGGCAUUUCUCAGAACUGCAAGACUGCAGACGUGUGUGCCUUCGGAGACUGUGUGGGAUCGGCGUCGAAGGCUCUGUGCGGCCUCACUGAAGCCGCAGGGCAGGCCUCCUACCUGGUGGGCGUGUCUGACCCCAACAGCCAGGCAGGGCACCAGGGCUUGGUGGAUCCCAUCCAGUUUGCCAAAGCCAACCAGGCGAUCCAAAUGGCCUGUCAGAACCUGGUGGACCCGGAGAGCAGCGCCUCCCAGGUUCUCUCUGCAGCCACCAUCGUUGCUAAACACACCUCGGCUCUGUGCAACACCUGUCGCCUGGCUUCCUCUAAGACCACCAACCCAGCUGCCAAGAGGCACUUCGUCCAGUCUGCCAAGGAGGUGGCCAACAGCACGGCCAACCUGGUGAAGACCAUCAAGGCUUUGGACGGCGAUUUCUCGGACGAGAACAGGAACAGGUGUCGAGUCGCCACAGCUCCUCUGAUCGAGGCCGUGGAAAACCUGACCACAUUUGCUUCCAACCCAGAGUUCGCCAGCGUCCCGGCUCAAAUUAGCCACGAGGGCUCCCGGGCUCAGGAGCCGAUCCUCCAGUCGGCGCGCUCCAUGCUGGACAGCUCCACCCACCUGCUCAGGACCGCGCGCUCACUGGUGAUCAACCCCAAGGACCCGCCCACCUGGUCCGUCCUGGCCGGCCACUCCCGCGUCGUCUCCGACUCCAUCAAGAGUCUCAUCACGGCGAUCCGGGACAAGGCCCCGGGCCAGAGGGAGUGCGACACGUCCAUUGAUAACAUCAACAAAUGCAUCCGGGACAUAGAGCAGGCGUCUCUGGCAGCAGUCAGCCAGAACCUCCCCAGCAGGGACGACAUCUCACUGGAGGCGCUCCAAGAGCAGCUGACGUCCACCGUGCAGGAAAUUGGCCACUUAAUUGACCCGGUUUCCACGGCUGCCAGAGGCGAAGCUUCCCAACUAGGACACAAGGUGACGCAGCUGGCUGGCUACUUUGAGCCGCUGAUCAAGGCCUCUGUGGGUGUGGCCUCCAAGCUGAGGGACCACCAGCAGCAGAUGACGUUCCUGGACCAAACCAAGACCUUGGCCGAGUCUGCCCUGCAGAUGCUCUACGCUGCCAAGGAGGGUGGAGGAAACCCAAAGGCGUCGCACACCCACGAUGCUAUAGCAGAGGCUGCGCAGCUCAUGAAGGAGGCGGUUGAUGACAUCAUGGUGACGCUGAAUGACGCGGCCAGUGAGGUGGGAAUGGUUGGAGGGAUGGUGGAGUCCAUCGCAGAGGCCAUGGCCAAGCUGGAUGAAGGGACUCCCCCUGAACCUGAGGGCUCCUUCGUGGAUUACCAGACCAGCAUGGUGAAGUACUCCAAGGCCAUCGCCGUCACUGCUCAGGAAAUGAUGACCAAAUCGGUGACCAGUCCGGACGAGCUGGGAGCGCUGGCAUCACAGGUGACGGUGGACUACAGCCAGCUGGCCGUCCAGGGCCGCCUGGCCGCUCACACGGCGGAGCCCGAGGAGAUUGGUUUCCAGAUCAAGACUCGGGUGCAGGAGCUCGGACACGGGUGCAUUUUCCUGGUCCAGAAGGCCGGAGCCCUGCAGGUCACGCCCUCCGACGGCUUCACCAAGCGAGAGCUCAUCGAUUGUGCCCGAGCGGUCACAGAGAAGGUGUCCCUGGUGCUUUCUGCUCUCCAGGCAGGUAACAAGGGCACGCAGGCCUGCAUCACCGCGGCCAGCGCCGUGUCCGGCAUCAUCGCAGACCUGGACACCACCAUCAUGUUCGCCUCCGCCGGGACCCUCAACGCGGAGAAUGACGAGUCCUUCGCUGACCACAGGGAAAACAUUCUGAAGACGGCCAAAGCGCUAGUGGAGGACACAAAGAUGCUGGUGUCUGGUGCAGCUUCCGGUCAGGACAAGCUGGCCCAGGCCGCCCAGUCCUCUGCCAGGACCAUCACCCAGCUCACCGACGUGGUCAAACUGGGAGCCGCCAGCAUCGGCGCGGACGACCCCGAGACACAGGUGGUUCUGAUAAAUGCUGUGAAGGAUGUGGCCAAAGCGCUGGCCGAGCUCAUUAGUGCCACCAAGUGCGCCGCUGGCAAAGCGGCAGAUGAUCCGUCUAUGUACCAGCUGAAGAGCGCUGCCAAGGUGAUGGUGACCAACGUCACGUCCCUGCUGAAGACGGUCAAGGCGGUGGAGGACGAGGCCACUCGGGGAACCCGGGCGCUGGAGGCCACCAUCGAGUGCAUCAAGCAGGAAAUGGCGGUGUUUCAGUCCAAGGAGCCUCCCAACAGGACCACCACGCCCGAGGAGUUCAUUCGCAUGACUAAAGGCAUCACCAUGGCAACGGCUAAAGCAGUGGCUGCGGGGAACUCUGCGCGGCAGGAGGACAUCAUCCAUACGGCCAACCUCAGCCGCAAGGCCAUGUCAGACAUGCUCACCACCUGCAAGCAAGCGUCCUACCACCCGGAGGUCAGCGAGGAGGUGAAGAGCCGAGCGCUGAUGUACGGACUGGAGUGCACAGCUGGAUACAUCGACCUGCUGGAGCAGGUGCUGCUGGCGCUGCAGAAGCCCAGCGCCGAGCAGAAACAACAGCUGGCGGCCUGCUCCAAGCGGGUGGCCGGAGCCGUGACGGAACUCAUCCAGACCGCAGAGGCCAUGAAAGGUUCGGAGUGGGUGGACCCCGACGACCCCACCGUGAUCGCCGAGACGGAGCUGCUCGGGGCGGCGGCGUCCAUCGAAGCGGCGGCGAAGAAGCUGGAGCAGCUGAAGCCCAGAGCCAAACCCAAGCAAGCGGACGAGACGCUGAACUUCGAGGAGCAGAUCCUGGAGGCCGCCAAGUCCAUCGCCGCGGCAACCAGCGCGCUGGUCAAAUCGGCAUCCGCCGCCCAGAGGGAGCUGGUGGCUCAGGGCAAGGUGGGCUCCAUCCCCGCCAACGCCGUGGACGACGGCCAGUGGUCCCAGGGGCUCAUUUCAGCGGCGCGCAUGGUGGCGGCGGCGACCAGCAACCUGUGCGAGGCGGCCAACGCCUCGGUGCUGGGCCACGCCAGCGAGGAGAAGCUCAUCUCCUCGGCCAAGCAGGUGGCGGCGUCCACGGCCCAGCUGCUCGUGGCCUGUAAGGUGAAGGCGGACCAGGACUCGGAGGCCAUGAGGCGGCUGCAGAUCGCUGGGAACGCUGUGAAAAAGGCGUCGGACAACUUGGUGCGAGCGGCUCAGAAGGCGGCGUUCGACAAAGCGGACGAAGACAACGUGGUGGUGAAGACCAAGUUCGUGGGUGGAAUAGCGCAGAUUAUCGCAGCUCAGGAGGAGAUGCUGAGGAAGGAGCGGGAGCUGGAGGAAGCCAGGAAGAAGCUGGCUCAGAUCCGGCAGCAGCAGUACAAGUUCCUGCCCAGCGAGCUGAGGGAGGACAACAACUAAGAGCCCGUCGCCGGGCAGCGUCAGACCACAUGCUGUCUGUCUGUCUGUCUGUCUGAAUGUCUGUCUGAACGUGUCCUGUAGAACGGCACACUGUUGGUACCUGACCUUCAGAGACUAAUGAUCCCGACAUCAACUACUCACACGUUUUGGAAUCCUGCUGCGUGGAGCCGACCUGCAGGUUGUGGUGAACUGCUUCUCGCCUCUCGUGUGAAUGAGCUACGUUUGAUGGAUGUCGCCUGAGCCAGAAUGUGACGCGGCUCAGAAUGAGCAACGCGGCUCGCGCUCUCAUGUUUGUUUCUCUUCGUUUUGCCGUUCGAAGCUCAUAAACCUUUAAGAUGAAGAAUUGAUUGUAUUGCUGUUCGUAAAGCCAUUGAACUGCUUCGUUCAUUCGCUUCAUUUCUAUGCAGAGAUGUUUUUUUUAUUCUACGCGUUAGUCUCACUGAAUACAGGCAUCGCAUGAAGCAACCAUGUGGUCACUGUAGAGGAAGUAUUUACUACACAGACAUAUUUUAGAUUAGUUUGUGAACGGCUGAAGUGUUUUCUGUUAGUUUGACCUCUUGGAUUUCAUCGUUUCAUAUAUUUGCCAGUACAGUACAGUACACCAGUACAGUGUGAACGGAAUCAGACCAUGAUGCAAUAACGUGGCUGGUGCUGUAGGGGGCAGUGUUGCUUCCCCUCUCGCCACCAAAUUUAAAGUAAUAAAAAUAGUUCCAGGCAGGUCGGUCGGUCAAAAUUAGGAAAUACUUGUAAAUACUUUUACCUUUUAACUGACUACACUGAGUGACGUGCAGUGCUGCUUCUAUGCACAGUUAGUUCCCAGAACCGUUUCUGUUCCACGCAAUACUCCAUCACUGCCAGGUAUGAACUGAAAGUCAGCUCACCCACAGGUGUGUACGAAUAUAAACCUACGUCAGCAAUAAGCAAACUGACAAACGUGUAGGAAUUAUACGUUAGAAUAACACUAAUCCCUGGAACGACCCCAUCUCCUUCCUCCGUCUGUGUGACCUCGAGGGUGCGACUCCACCGGUUCUGCUUCUUGCUGCAGUAGAGGAGCCUUUUUCGUUUACCGAGUGUGAUUGUAGUGCGUGUGGUCUCCCCGUCUUACUCUACGGUGCAGUGAUUCAGUAUUAAACAGUAGUACGUUGUAAGAGUAGGUCCUGCGGUGAUAAUGCAUGGCUUUCGUGCUCGUGUUUGUGCAGCGGCUGAGGUGAACCUUUUUAAGCGCUGCUCUGGAGUCGCGGCUGCUUUUUAUUUUUGCGUGCGAGGGUCCACUGUUCACCAGUACCGGUCCGUAGUGUCAUCAUUAGUGCCUUAGUCUGUAGCCCAUACGGUGUCUGCUCCGCUCCAGUCACAGUCUGACCUCAUCGCUCAGUACAAGCUUCUGGAUGAGCAAUAUUUCGGGAAUGUACGUUCACGUCUGAGGGUUUCCUGCCGUCGUCCCACCUGUUCCUCUGAAACAGCUGCUCUCUCUGCCACAUGUGAGGCCUUUAGGGGGACAAUACCCAAAUGUGUUGCUGUUUCAACUCCACCAUCAGUAUGUAUAUUAUAUAUAUAUAUAUAAACAGUUUGUACUGCUUCCAUGUGCUUGUAAAGCGACGGCACCCGAGAUCUGCUGUACUGUAGGUGAAGACGUCGCAACGGGCUUUUAUUCUCCUGCUUUUCAGCCUCUAUGAAAGAUAAAUGUGAUCCGAGCAUUUCAAUAGAACCGUCACCAUUAAGAUGUCGCAACGCAUUAUGGUGAUUUAAUGUGACUGAAGAGUCCUGUGUGUCCUUCUCCCCCAACAGGAUUGAAACCAUGAAGUUGGUACAGUAAAGAUAAGCGAUACAAUAUAAAAGAUAUUUAUCUGGCCUCAAAGUUAUUUUUUUGUAUUCAAUGAAAAUAAAGCGUUACAAUGUAA